ACAUCCCUACUGUAACCUCUUUCUGUCCUCUCAGUCACCACAAACGUCCAAAUAAGAGCGCACUUUAAUUCCGAGGAGAGCUGGAUUUCACAGCGCAGAUGCGACUUCACCACAGUACAAAAGCCGGUAUGUUAGCAGCAGAUUUUCCGAGAAGACCCGGGGAAGGACAAUAACAGGACAGGACGUUAGCUUGGCAGGAGAAAAGCCUGCAGAAAAAUUUUAAAAGAUGAAGUCCAGAAAAGUUGAACCCCCCGACGGCGGGUAUGGCUGGGUGGUGGUCAUGUCAGCCUUCUUCACCAUGGGCCUUACUGCUGCUGUUCUCAAAAACUUUGGACACUUCUUCAUUGAAAUCCAGAAUCACUUCGGAGUACAGGCCAGCACCACCUCUUGGGUGACCUCCACAACAAUUGCUAUGCUUCAUCUAGGAGCUCCAGCAGCCAGUGCGAUGACCUUACAGUUUUCUCAGAGAGUAGUCAUCAUGCUCGGAGGCUUGCUGGCUACCUUCGGGAUGGUGCUGGCUUCACUGGACCUCAGUUUGCCCUGGCUCUAUCUCACCAUGGGCAUCCUGCAAGGAACAGGUCUUUCCUUCUCCUGGAUCUCUGCCAACAGCAUGGUGAGCCAUUACUUUGUACGAUGGCGUCCCAUUGCCUUUGCCAUCGCCAGUUCAGGUGAAUGCGUCUUUGCUGUUAUAUUCAGUCCGUUCUUCAAGUGGCUCAUUGACACCUACAGCUGGCGGGGUGCUUUGCUCAUCAUUGGAGGCCUUCAGCUGAACCUGUGUGUGUGUGGUGCACUCAUGAGACCCCUGGAGAAGACCACAACUCCUGCACAGGACACCAAAGACAGUCUAGAGGGAGAUACAACCACACUCCCAGCAAAGAGAAGGACCUUCUUCCAGUGCUCCCUCAUGAGAAAACCAGAAUUUUUUCUGUACAUCCUGUUUGCAAUAUUUUCAGCUGCAGGGUUUUUCAUCCCACCUCUUUUUCUGGUCCCCUUUGCUAGCAGCUUGGGCAUGGAUAAGUACUGGCCUGCUAUGAUUCUUUCUGUUCUGGCUUUAGCUGACCUGGCAGGGAGGCUGAUUUGUGGGUGGAUCGCCAACAUGAGGCUGGUAAGAAACCUGCAACUGCUCACCAUGGUGGCCACUCUCCUUGGCGUGGUGCUCCUGCUGCUGCCCAUCAGCCAAAACUACUGGGCCAUUCUGGUGUUCGCCUCACUCUACGGCUUCCUGUUUGGCUGUGUGGUGGCAAUUCACGUCACAGCUAUUGUGGACAUUGUAACCCUGGAGGGAUUCGACAGUGGACUCGGGCUCUUUAUGCUUUUAAGGAGCAUUGGAGGCUUCACUGGUCCACCUGCUGCAGGCUGGCUGGUGGAUUACACAAACAACUACAGCGUCGCCUUCUACCUCUCGGGCGUCUGCCUGAUUGUGUCCGCAGCGUUUGUCGUCUUGGUCGACCGCCUGGUUCAUAGGAGGAGAGAAGCAGCAGAGCCUCAAGUUUAUUGUGCCAUCGACCAGCAGGAGCAAACAGCAAAAGCCGAGUCAGACACUAUUACAUAAAGGGAGAACCCAGCAGAGUUGGGGGUGCAUACUGUUU